UACGGAAAAUAUUUAGUUCCUAGUGUUAAUAUUAAAUUUAAAUCAGAGCCGGCUAGAAAUAAUUAAAUCAGAAUGGACAAACUAGGAUUGGGAUGUCCCUUUGCGUUUCUGGGCGGAAAACAGCAGGAAUUAAAGGGCGGACCCUGCUUCCUGGAUCUCAACUACGAUAUUUUCCUGGAGAUAUUUUCAUAUUUGACUCUGGAAGAUCAACUAAAUCUUGGCCGCGCCCAUCCAGUUUUCAGGGAGGUCCUAAAGGACUUGGUGCGAACGCGCUACGGAAAAAUCAAUGUGCGAAUCCUAAAAACCAUUCCGGACUGGGAGUUCCUGUUGCAGCUGUGCGGUUCCGAAGUCUCCAGGUGUGAAGUGCCCCACGGUCGCUGGGACGAGCCCUUCUCCUACUCCUUCCUGGACCUUCUCGGACGCCACUGCCCCAAUCUUCGACAGGCUGUUAUUAUAUUCAUACACGCCGACACAGAGACGCCGCCGGAAACGGGGGACAGGGGCCACAUCAUGAGGCUCCUCCUGGAGCUGCCCAAUCUCACCGAUCUCACACUGAUCGAUUCCAGGUCUGCACAGCUAGAUCAAUUGAAACACUUCACCAAGCUGCAGAUCUUGGACUUGGAUGGAAUCGAUCCGAACCUAAGUGAUCCCGCCUUCCAGCAGAUGUUUGAAAACAAGGUCAGCCUGAGGCGACUGUUCUUGAACUUCGGACGGGAUCGAAGGAGAUCGCACCAGGUGCCCCUGUUGGCCGACAAGUUCCCGAACCUGGAACACCUGACUCUGGAAAACUGUGACCUUAAUUGUCGCGAGUUGGGCGAAUACAAAACGCUCCAGUCGCUGCGAUUGAUAAAUCGAUGGAUAGGAGAAGUGAACAAUGAGUUCUAUAGAUCGCUGACCAGACACCUUGAUAACCUGCAAAAGUUACAGCUCGUAUCGAUUCGAGUAAGAGGCGACCAAGUCCAUCACAUCCUGGCAAUGAGCCAACUGAGAGCUCUGGAUUGCGACAACUGGCCAGCUCAAUCGGUUGAACAAUUGGAUCAGUUAACAAAUCUCGAGUGCCUGGCUCUGGAUUGCAUUGACUCGCCGGCGAACGCAAGUCGUCAGCUCUUAAUUGUAAUACGAAAAUGUGAUAGGCUAAUUCACCUAAAAUUGGGCAAACGUUGGAAGAUGCCUAUCAAUGAGGUAAAUAGAUUUCUGACAAAACUACCAGACAUACGAUCGGAUCCAAAAAGUAAACUCCUGCUUACCCUUGACUUUAACGUAUUACCGGACACUCAAGAAAAGUUGAAAACUCUUUUUAGGGAUCAUGACCAUUUGAGAGUGUCCUUUAAUGGAACCACCUGUGAUCACUGUCAGCCUGACACCCACUCCAAAUGCGAUACCAUCUUUGGCUGAUUAUAAUAUAUUUUUACCCAAAAAACUCACCUCACAGUGUGACAUUUCUAUGGCAACAGUCAGCCUUAGAAUCCAGUCGUUGUAUUCGAUUCCCUUCUCUUCAAACUCAUCUCGCUUUUCCUUGUAAUCGUAAACAUCUUU